GCGGAACAGGGCCUGAAGCUACUGAAAGCCACGGAAGCUACGGGCGCGGAGUACGAUGCCGGCGCUGCUGAGGCUUACAAGAGAGAGAUCGAGGCCAAGAUCGCGAAGCUGGAGAUGGAGGCAACCCAGCUGACCGGCAAGGACAACAAGAAGGAGCGCUCCGCCAAGGGCAAAGAGGUGGCUGACUUGAAGAACGAGCACAAGUACGUGGACGCCUGCAAGAUCGUGAAAGGCCUCGAGUCGAAGUUCGGGCAUUUCGUCACGAAGGAGGCCGUGCGCCCGGAGAUCGAAGCUGCGGAGCCCGUUCAGGAGGCUGUUGAGACCAAGCCCAAGAAGGAGAACAAGAAGGAGAAGAAGGCGGAAAGCACGGGCUUGAGCCAUGAGGAGCUGAAGGAACUGGAAGACCUUAAGCAGAAGAUCAUCGAGGAGAAGGCCAUCCUGAAGGAACAGGGCCUCAGCGGGGGACAGAUCAACAAGAACGAGAAGAUUGUGGCGAUGGUCAACCGGCUGAAUGAGCUCAAGGAGAAGCAGGAUCCUGGCAGCUCCAAGAAGGACAAGGACGCGAAGAAGGACUCGAAGAAGAAGACGCCCCUCAGUGCGGAUGAGCAGAAGGAGUACGCGCAGCUCCAAGGCGACCUCGAGGUGUACAAGGCGAAGCUGCGAAACGAGUUCGGAUACAGCAACAAGGACAUGAAGGCGGAUCCGGAUUUGAAGGACAUGGAAGCCCGUCUCGCGGCCUUCGAGAAACGCAGCUGA